AUGAACUGUGAGCUGUUGGCCACGUGCAGUGCUCUGGGGUAUCUGGAGGGAGAUGUGUACCAUAAGGAGUCGGACUGUCUCGAGAGCAUCAAAGACCUGAUCCGGUACCUGCGUCAUGAGGACGACACGCGGGACGUGCGGCAGCAGCUGGGCUCGAGCCAGAUCCUCCAGAAUGACCUGCUGCCUCUGAUUGUGCAGCACGGCCAGGACAAGGCUCUGUUCGACGCAUGCAUCCGGCUCAUGGUGAACCUCACGCAGCCCGCCAUGCUCUGCUUCGGCAAAGUCCCGGACGACCCAGUGUUCCGACACCACUAUCUGGAAGUGACGUCACAUUUACAGGCUUACAAAGAGGCUUUUGCGAGUGAGCGGGUUUUUGGCAUCUUGAGCGAAACGUUGUACAAUCUUUUACAACUGGACUGGGAGCAGCGUCAGGAGGAGGACAACCUGCUCGUGGAGAGGAUUCUGAUGUUGGUCCGAAACGUGCUCCAUGUUCCAGGGGACCCCAACGAGGAGAAGAAGGUGGACGAUGACGCCAGCGUGCACGACCGCGUGCUCUGGGCGUUGCACAUGAGCGGCUUCGACGACAUCGUGAAGUUUGUGGCUUCAGCUCAGAGCGAGCAGCAGUGGAGCAUGCACGUGCUGGAGCUGGUGUCCCUCAUGUUCAGAGACCAGACUCCGGAGGCCCUGGUGAGUGCGGGUCAGGCUCGAUCAGCUGAAGAGAAGCAGAAAGACUCCUCUGAGCUGGAGGCACUGAGGCUGAGGGAGCAGGCAUCCAAACGCUCCAGGAACCUGCAGAGAGGGACCAGACACUCUCGGUUUGGAGGCUCGUUUGUCGUCCAGGGCCUGAAGUCGAUCGGAGACAACGACGUCAUCUACCACCAGAGAAUCAACAACUAUAAAAACUACACUCACGAUUCUGGGAAAGUGCUGAGGCGGGUCCCGAAGCGCCACCGUCAGGCUCAGGAUUGUAACGACAAGCGGCGCUCUGCUCUGAACGUGCGCCUGUUCCUGCGAGAGUUCUGUCUGGACUUCUUAGAGAACUGCUACAACCACCUCAUGUACCUCGUCAAGGAGAACCUGGUCCGCGAGCAGACGCAGCAGCACGAUGAGACCUACUACCUUUGGGCCCAGAGCUUCUUCAUGUCCUUCAACAGAGGGAACGGCUUCAGGCCCGAGUUUGUGUCGGAGACCAUGUCCAUCCGAGCUUUUCACUUCAUCGAGAGAAACAUCACCAACUACUAUGAGAUGAUGCUGACGGACCGCAAAGAGGCCGUGUCCUGGUCCCGAAGAAUGCACUUGGCGCUCAAAGCUUAUCAAGAACUCCUCCUCACCGUGAACGAAAUGGACCGAUCAAGAGACGAGAGCAUCAGGCAGAGCUCCAGUGUGAUCAAAAGUAACAUCUUCUACAUGAUGGAGUACAGGGAAAUCUUUGUGACUCUGCUGAGAAAGUUUGAUGAGACCAAACAGCCGCACUCGUACCUGAAGGACCUGGUGGAGACUACGCACCUGUUCUUACGGAUGUUGGAGCGAUUCUGUAAAGGCCGCCGGAAUCUCAUGGUCCAGAAAAAACGUGUGAAACGGAAGAAGAAAGGGAAGAAGCCGUUGGUGUCUGAGCCGACACCGGAGGCUCUAUCUGAAACCUGGAAGAUCGUGGAGGAGGAGCUCCGAGCCAUAGACUUCAACCUGUCUGCCUCCCUCACUGAGGCUGUGGUUCCCUUUGAUGCUGCGUCGGAGACUCCACUGGAGGAGCAGAGGACUGAGGUCAUGAUCCGGGUCCAGAACGCUCUGCUGCACCGGCUUGGCCCUGAGGCCCUGGGGCUGCUGCGGGCCGCCAGGGAGGUGUGGCCGGAGGGAGACGUGUUUGGUUCCUCUGAGCUGCAGCCGGAGGAGGAACUGGAGCUCCUCAAACAGAUCCUCCACGCAAACCUGCCACGACCGCCUCCUGCUGAAGCUCCGGAGGAGGAAGACGAUGGAGACGAGUUUGAGGAGGAAGAACUGGAGACGAUUCAAGUGUCAGAGCAGGAGUUCAACUUUCUGGAUUUCAUCAAGAGGUUUGCGCAGCCCGCCAUCAUGCGCCCUUACGUCCAUCUGCUGAAGAGUUACUCUAAGAACUCUGCGCACACAAACCACUGUGUGGCGCGCAUGCUGCACCGCGUGGCCGUGGACCUGAAGAUGGACGCGCUGCUCUUCCAGCUCUCGGUGUUCCACGUCUUCAACAAGCUGCUGAGCGACUCGGCCGCCGCCGCCUUCACCGAGCUGGUGACCUUUGCCAAACACGUGCUGCGCGGCUUCUUCAGACUCACGGCGCAGAAUGACAAGAGCUUCAUUGAGCUGCUGUUCUGGAAGAACGUCGGCACGGUGCGAGAGAUGACCGAGGGAUACUCCAAGGACAGUGGUGGAAAGAGAGUCGCCUGGACCGAAGAGGAGGAGGCGGAGCUGCGCCGGCUGUACGAGGAGCAUAGCGGCUCAGACGUGCCGGACGUGGUGGAGCACAUCCUGCCUCUGCUCAGUAACUGUAAUCGCCAACGGAGACAGGUGGUGGUGCAGCUGGUGCACAUGGGGCUGGUGGGCAGCGCCAAAGAGCUCAAGAAGCCCAAGAAGGGCACGGGGAUUGUUCUUUGGACGGAGGAGCAGGAAGAAGAGCUGCAGAUGCUGUUUGAAGAGUUCAAAGACUCUGAUGAUGCUCUGGGUGACAUCAUGAGGAAGAUCACAGCGAAGCGUUCUCGAGCUCGAGUUGUGGACAAACUGUUGAGUCUGGGGCUGGUGUCCGACCGCCGCCAGCUGCACAAGAAGAGGAGCCGCGGGACCGGAGGCUCCAGGGGGACUGGGGGGUCCAGGUCCAAGAGGGCAGGGAAGAAAGCCAGUGAAGGCAUGACGGAGGAGGAGUUCCUGUCGCAGCUCACUGGAGACAUCCCAGAGGAGGCACAGUCUGAUCCUGAGGAGGCGGAGUCUGAUAGUGAUGACGAUGAGGAUGAUGAGGAGGGAGGAGGAAGGUUCACGGAGGAGUCCCCACGCAGAGGUCGAGUGAGCAGCGGUGCCAUGACGUCAGCAAAGCGCACCGAUGUGAACGCUGCGGCCCGCGCUCUCCGACACAGCGGCAUGUCAGGACCGGUCCUGUGGCUCCAGAACUGCCUUCACAAAACAGCCAACUACAGAGAGGAGGACGGCGUCUCUCAGCCGGUCCCGCUCGUCCCGCUCACUGAGGAUAACGAGGAGGCCAUGGAGGACCGGAGCUUCCAGAGACUGCUGAAGAAGAUCGGGCUGAGGUCUCCGGCCGACGAACAGUGGCUUGCUUCGGACACUCGCGCUCUCUCUCUCUCUCUCAUAGUGCCAUUGGAGUCCUUCUGGAGGAUCCCAGCUCAGAUGAGCCCCUCUCAGCUCCGCCAGGCAGCAGCUUCACUCAGCCCAACUGAGGAGGGAGGGGGAGAGGGCGGCCCCAGCGGCUCCACAGAGGGACCUGACCAGGGACCAGACCAGAGCCCAGACCAGAGCCCAGACCAGGACUCCAAGUCGUCCAGUGAGCAGAGGAGCCAGGCCCUCAGAGCUCUGCUGCUGGAGAGGAAGAGGAAGCACCAGAGCUCUGAUGAUGCGGCUCCAGCUUCAAACACAGGUCCUUUAGAAGAACUCAACGUUUCAUCUGAAAAACCUCGAGCAAAGACUUCAGCCAAAAGGAGAAGAGUUCUAGACGAUGACAACGACAAUGACAAAGAAAACGAUGAUGAGGUCCCCGCCCCCAUUUCCAUGAAGACAGAGGCUCUGGUGGACUCGGACUCGGACUCGGACCUGUCUGCUCCAGUCAAACGCAGGCGGAAACUGGUGAUCGAUGAAGACGAGGACGAGUGA